GCCGAUGGUUCCUUUCAUACAUUAUAAUUCGACUCAGUUGACCGCCUAUAAAACUCUCUUCUCAAACCAUCCUGUCUUUCCUCAACUUUCCUUAAGUUCCUUUGUCUUCUUGUAUAGAUUUCUUUUCCCCCCAAGACACAAAGAACAUAAUGAAGUUCGCGUCUGUCCUUGCUCUCGCCGUGGCUGCUACUGUCGUAAGCGCGGAGACUAACGCCGACAGAAUGGCGCGCGGUCUUCCCCCAUUGGCCCCCGCCCGUCGGGGUACACCCGUUGCACGUGCCAAGCGCACCGCUCCCUCAAGCGGGAGUGGCCAGUGCAACACUGGCUCUAUCCAGUGUUGCGAUUCUGUUUCCCAGUCUGGCCAUGGCAGUUCCCUCGAUGAGCUGUUGUCGCUCUUGAAAAUUGACGUCCCUGUCAAUACUAAUUGUGGUCAGAGCUGCUCCCCCAUAAGCGUUAUCGGGGGUAGCAGCGGCGGUAACUGCAACCAACAACCUGUUUGUUGCGAAGACAACUCUUACAACGGCCUCGUGAACAUCGGUUGCUCACCCAUCAACAUCUGGUGAAACAAUCACCUCGCUCAGUGUUUGGUUUCAUGCCUUCACACGUUCCGCUCUUUUUUUUUCAUUUGAUACACAUAAAAGUCGCUUAUUCUACUUUGUCCGCGGCUUUGGACUUUUCCCCUUCGCCAGGCAUAGCCUUCGUUGUUGUUUUGUUGCGUUUUUGUUCGCUCGUGCAGUGAUCGCUUAUGGGUAUGCCUUUCCUGUAAUGAGCUGGUACAUUGGCUAGGUACAAACGCCAACUGGUGUGGUAAAGGACACUACAAAUAUUAUUAUUUCUUCCGCCGCUUU